CUACACUUUUCUUUUAUUUGUCACCGUCUUUUAAAUUUUCUUUUCCUUUCUUAUGUUUUAUAUUUUACGGCUUUUGUCGUCGGUGUGCGUGCGUGAUCAGAAGAGGAGAAGCGGGGACGAAAUGUGGCGUCGCCGGCACGCAAAUCAUCGCGGUAGCUAGCUCACUCCCGGUACCAAUACCGCUAAUCCUUGUGCUGCUGUCCUUCCGCGUCCCUCGUCUCGCCCGCUGUUCAGACUUCAGAAGAAAAAGCGCAGGGGGAGAGAGAGGAGAAAGAGAAAGGGGGAUCAAUCACCGACGUCCUUUUUCCUUGUUGUAUUUCUUUAAUAUUGCUCAUUAAAUAUCUAUCGAUCUAUCUAUUAUUAUUAUUAUUAUUAUUAUUAUUAUUUUGUUUUUGACAGGGAAACUUUUCUUCAGAGGGCAGGGGCGUUCGCUCCCCCCUCUUAAUAGUAGUGCUAUAAAUAAAUAGAAAUGUAUAUGGUAAUAAUAACAAUAACAAUAAUAAUAAUUCUGGAUAAUAAUAUUCAAAAGGAGUGGAGGGAGGGACAGGGUUCACCAAGGCUAGGCUAGGCUAGGCUCUCCGGGGAGUGCUGCUGUGUUUGCGCCUCGGAUUUUCGGCGGGAAGGGUCAAAAUUGAAGAGGGUGUUGGGGAUCUCCGAAUUCAGGAUGGAAGGUGCUAAGUCAUAUGCAUGGCGCCGUGCUCUUAUCUGGGUACUGAUAUUUUUGAAAGUGGAAGGUUAUUUUGUGGAUAUCACAUAUGUCGAAGACGCUGUAGCAAAAGGGGCAGUUUGUUUGGAUGGAAGCCCACCUGCAUAUCAUCUGUCCCCAGGUUUUGGGUCAGGGGUGAACAAUUGGUUGGUUCAGAUUGAGGGAGGAGGAUGGUGCAACAAUGUUACGACUUGCCUGGCGCGCAAGGUUACACGUUUAGGAUCCUCUAAGCAAAUGGUGAAGCAGCUGGCAUUUUCUGGAAUCCUAAGCAACACUCCUCCAUUUAAUCCAGAUUUCUAUAAUUGGAAUAAGGUCAAGGUUCGUUAUUGUGAUGGUUCAUCAUUUACUGGUGACGUAGAAAGAGUAGAUCCUGUAACCAAUCUUCACUACAGAGGAGCAAGGGUGUGGCUUGCUAUUAUGGAGGAUCUGCUUGCCCGAGGAAUGGACAAGGCUGAGAAUGCUCUUCUUUCUGGGUGUUCAGCUGGUGGGUUGACAUCCUUACUUCACUGUGAUAACUUUCGUGCACUUUUACCAACGGGUGCCAAUGUAAAAUGCCUCUCUGAUGCCGGUUAUUUUAUUAAUGUGAAGGAUAUUACUGGAACAGCUCACAUUGCUGCAUUCUUUGAUGAUGUGGUGACAACACAUGGCUCGGCAAAGAAUUUGCCAUCUUUUUGCACUUCAAGAAUGGCUCCGGGCUUGUGUCUUUUUCCCCAGUACUUGGUGCAGCAGAUACAAACGCCACUCUUUAUAUUAAAUGCGGCAUAUGAUUCAUGGCAGAUAAAGAAUAUUUUGGCACCGGGUGUUGCUGAUCCCCAUGGUACUUGGCAUGACUGUAAGCUUGAUAUAAAACAGUGCUCUUCAUCUCAACUUCAAAUCAUGCAAGGUUUCAGAACGGAAUUUCUGGACGUGUUGGCUGAACUUGGAAGCUCUUCAUCUAGAGGGAUGUUUAUAAACUCCUGUUAUGCCCAUUGCCAAUCAGAGAUGCAGGAGACGUGGCUCGCAUCCGAUUCUCCCAUGCUUCAAAAUACUACAAUUGGAAAGGCUGUAGGAGACUGGUUUUACGGUCGCAGUGCCUUUCAGAAGAUCGACUGCCCUUACCCAUGUGACUCCACUUGCCAUAACCGCAUAUUUGAGGACUACUCGGCCGCAUAGCAAUUACAGUACCCUUGCCUCUUAUUCUCAUUCAUUAUAUUGUAUCUGUUCGAAUAAUUUAUGCUCAAAAUUGAGCAAUUGCUAAAGAAUAAUCUCUUCAAGAAUAACAAAAUGUAUAAGAAUUUGACUUCACGGGUACUUUCAAUCAAAGUUCUUUUAUUUGUCCGGCA